CCUAGUAAAUGGUGGCCUUAUGAUAUUGUUGCCAAAAUAAUAGGUGGCGAAGCUUCCCUUGACAAUGACCUUUUAUCUCAAAGUCAAAACUUUUCUACUCAAGAUUUUCAAGAUGGUCAGAUUGCCACAAUGGAAGAUGGCAAGGGGACUGUCAGUAUUUUAAAUAUUGAAGAUUUGGAUGAUACAAGUGAUGUGCAAUCAAUUGUCACUAUUCCUGAUAAGGAACCAACUCAAUCUACAUCCGGCUGCAAUAAACGAAGGAACUCUGAUGAUGAAAAAACUUUGAAUAAAAUAGCAAAAACUGAACAGGUGAGAAAAAACAAAAAAACAAAUUUUUCUUCUGAAUAUUUAAAAAUAGCAAAUAAAAAUCUAGAUGUUCAAAUCCAUUCACGAGAGCUACGAAUCAGAGAGGUUGUUGCUUUAGAGCGUAUUUGCAAUGCAAUUGAAAAUGCAUCCAAAGCCCAAUUUAUACAAAUUGCAUUACAUGUUUCAUUUUUGUUUUUGUUAACAGAUCAUGCUGUAUCAAUUCUAACAAAAUGGGAGACAUCUGUAAAGAUAAAAGCUAUUGGAAAAACAUGGAAAGCGUUUUGGCCGUACUUUGAUCAAGAAGUAGAACAUUAA